AUGGUACUUCUAUCAGCCCAACAAGUCACGAAACACAACUCACCUGGGGACUGCUGGAUUGUGGUCGACAAACAGGUAUGGGAUGUGACCGACUUCCUCGAUGAACAUCCUGGCGGCCCCGCAAUCAUCUUGAAGCAUGCAGGCCGCGAUGCAACUCGGGCAUACGCACAAGUCCAUGCCUCAAGUGUGCUUACAUCAAAUCUUCAACCGGACAAGCUGAAGGGUGUUCUCGAUGAAUCUACAAUUGACGCAAACUGGACUAAGCCGCCAAUCAAAAGCCCGCAAAUGCUCUUGGAAGACAACAAGCCGUAUCUGCACACUUUAAUCAACACCCACGACUUCGAGGUUGUAGCGUCCAAAACUGCUGACAAGAAGACAUGGGCGUUCUACUCGAGUGCAGCCACAGACCUCAUCACUCGAGACGCCAAUAAGUCAUAUUUUGAUCGCAUAUGGUUCCGACCGCGUGUACUGCGAAAUGUUCGAUCUGUCGAUACCAGGACUGAUAUCCUUGGUGGUCACUACAAUCUGCCGCUCUUCGUGAGUCCUGCCGCUAUGGCCAAACUGAUUCAUCCUGAUGGCGAGUGUGCCAUUGCACGGGCGUGUGAGAACAAGGGUAUAAUGCAAGGAAUUUCCAAUAACUCUUCCUACACAAUGGAGGAACUGCGAACAGCGGCACCAUCAGCAGACUUCUUUUUCCAGCUAUAUGUCAAUCGCGACCGAGAAAAGUCAGCUGCUUUACUUCGUGAAUGCUCUGCAAAUCCCAAUAUCAAAGCUAUCUUUGUGACGGUAGACGCAGCCUGGCCUGGUAAGCGUGAGGCUGAUGAACGCGUCAAAGCCGAUGAAACCCUCUCUGUGCCCAUGGCCCCAUCAAAAGUACAAAAUGAUAAGAAAGGCGGCGGUCUAGCCCGAGUAAUGUCUAGCUUUAUCGAUCCAGGCCUCACAUGGGAAGAUCUGAAAUGGGUGCGUCAGCACACUCACAAACCAGUGUGUUUGAAGGGCGUUAUGUCUGCAGAUGAUGCCAUUAUGGCUAUGAAAAUAGGACUAGAUGGAAUCCUGCUCAGCAAUCACGGCGGCAGAAAUCUAGAUACGAGCCCACCAUCCAUCGUCACGCUGCUCGAGAUCCAUCGGCGAUGCCCAGAAGUCUUUGACUCAAUGGAAGUGUACGUUGACAGUGGCAUUCGUCGUGGAACAGAUAUCCUCAAAGCUGUGUGUUUGGGUGCAACGGCCGUUGGAAUGGGUCGAAGUAUGUUGUUCGCUACCAAUUAUGGACAAGAUGGAGUUGAGCAUCUGAUUGAUAUUAUGCGAGAUGAACUGGAGACUGCGAUGCGAAAUAUUGGAAUUACCUCUUUAGAUGAGGCGUCUCCUGACUUUGUUCACACUGGGGAUAUAGAUCAUUUGAUCUCUGUUUCAAGCUCUCACCCAUACGCUCGAGCUAUAGCGAGAGGCCGGCGCUACAAACUGUAG